UAUUGAGUUGUUUCUAGUAUAUUUUGUUGUGUUUGUGUAUAGUAUUAUUAUGUUUCCAUUACAUUUAUUUCAGUAUAAUAUCGGUCUUAUUAUUAGUGAAAUGUUGCUAUAGGAUUAUUUUAAAUUGUGUAGCCUUUUUUUUUUUAGUAUAGGUUAGUAAAUAUAAACAAAAUCAUUAUUUGUCUUGCAAAGCACUGAAUUUAAAUUACUUUCCGAACUACUAAUAGAAAAAUAAAUAAUUUUUAAAUAUGUAUCCAGGAAAUUAAAAGAAAAUGUAACAUGAAUACAAAUAAUAUAAACUACCAUUGUCCGUAUCCAAAAUGUGUUUUGGAGAGUUUUUCAUUGUCUGUGAUUUACGUUUCUAGUUUAUAUGUAUGGAAUUCUCAACUCGCAAGAGAUCAUCCAACGACUAUAAAAAAACGAUUUCUCAGCGUCUUGUUCAUGUUGAUAAUCUCGCCAACGUACACAUGGUAUUUCAUUCAUGACAAAACUCAAGUUCCAAUUUGGUAUUGGCUGGGCUUGAAAUGGGAAGGGCUGUUUGUAUCGGCAGCUGCUUCACUUUUAUUAACAAGCGUUUUGUUCUUAGGUUCUAUUUGUUUGAUUUUCUGUAAAGAUUUUCAUUAUCAAGAUGUACUCAGUAUCGAAAGAAUGAAGUCUAAUUUUACCGAUUUAAUAUGGUUAAGAAACUACAUAGUAGCGCCCAUAUCAGAAGAGUUCACGUUUAGAGCUUGUAUAAUACCGCUAUUACUGCAAUGUUUUUCACCUUUAACAACUAUACUGAUUUGUCCUAUAUUUUUUGGAGCUGCUCAUUUCAACCAAUGGCUAGAGCGAAUGCGUGCCGGUAUACCGUGUCUUGAAGCAUUUGUCAUGUCAGUGUUCCAGUUUAUGUAUACGACAAUAUUCGGAGCGUAUUCAGCGUUAUUAUUUAUAUCCACUGGCAACAUCAUCGCACCAAUAUUGGCUCACAAAUUCUGUAAUCACAUGGGAUUUCCAGAUUUUCGAGAGAUGAUUCAAUUCCCCGAGCCUAAGCGCAGCAUUUUACUGAUCGUCUCGAUGACUGGAUUGAUUUUGUGGGGUUUCCUCAUAGUUUAUGCUACCGAACCAUGGAUUUAUUCCAAUCACAUGGAUUGGUCCGAAAUGAACAACUGUAACGAGACUAAUUCACUUUAACAAUCAACUCAAAUAUCAUGUAUACAAAUUUUGUAAAUAUAAAAUUUGUUUAUUUACAUUCACACAAAAUGUUAGCCAUGACAUUUUGGCAAAAUUUUAACAUUAUAAUUACAUUGUUUAAAAAAUAUCUUACUAUACAUAUUUUUUUAGAACAAAUAAGACUGGAAUAUAAGACGUAACUUAUCAAGGGUUGUAAAUAUAUUUUUCAAGAAUAUAAUUAAGUCAAAAUGGUUUCUCGCAUUAAAAAAAAGAAAUUAUUAAAUGCAGAGAUAAUAAAUUAUUAAUAUUUUAAAAAAAACCUAACACGUAAUUUAUAUUGUAUAACAAAAAAAAAAAAAAUUAGAUCAAAUUUCUUGUA